GAAAUGUAGAAUCUCAAGAAGCUGAGCAUGUGCACUCAUUUGAUUCUCUCCAUCUAAUUUUAUAAAAUAAGUAUGAUUCUAGCACCCUAUCUAACGAGUGGCAUUGUCAACCGUUGAUUACAUCUCAGAUUUCCCCUCAGCUGCUUCAGCCCCCUUUGGUUGAUGAUUGCUUGAUUUGAGGUAAAGAAAGGGUUAAUUUUGCAAUUGUAGCUGAGGAGUUUUAUGUGGAAUUUGUGAGUUCGAGCUUUGAUUUUGAGUCAUGGUGGUGCCAGACAGUGAUCCUUUGCAGUCCCUUUUCAAUUCAGUUCAUCUUGCGUUUUCGCCUCUUGGCUCGAAUGUUCACAACUUAGCUAAAAAUCUUGAUUGUUGCUUUAAUGGGGUUUUGAAGAAUGUGGGUAGCAAUUUUGAUGUUAGGAGAGGGGUGGAUUUGAAUUUGAAUUUGUCGAAAAAACAGUUGCAAUUUGAGGUGGCAUUGCCCUUUUUAGCUGAUGGUAAAGAUAGCUCUUUUAUUGGUGAUUCUAGUGAGAGAGUGGAAGUGGGAGAGAUGGUGUUUGGUGAAAUUAAGCCCAAGAAAUCGAAUGGCGAAGAAGGUAAAGAUUUCCCUUUUGAGCAUUUGAUGGGAUUCUUGAGUGAUCAGUUGAGCCAUUUCCCAAAAUGUAAGGAUGAGUUGAAGGUGCUCACCGGUGUUUCAGAGGGUAGACAAGCACGUGGGGGUGGAUUUUUUGCGAAUUUGAGGUUUUCUCGAGUGAGAGGAGAGGAAUGUAGUGGUGGUAGUAGUGACAACGUUGAUCAGAAUGAGUUGUUGAGAGCUCAUUGUUUCAAGUUUGUGACAUUGAAAGAAUUGGUUGAGCAUUCACCUCCAAUAGGGGGGUUUACGAAGGAAGAUCAUCCAGACGAGAAGGAGCUUCUCUCGGUGCAGCAUUUCUUCAGAUACACUGAAGCUGAAGAAAAACGGUUAUUCCACGAGCUGGACAGAGAUGGCGAUGGGAAAGUUACCUUGGAAGAUCUCGAAAUCGCUAUGGCAAACAGAAACCUGCCUAGGAGAUACGCAAAGGAGUUCAUGAAGCAUACUAGGAGCCGUAUGUUCACAAACUCUUUUGGAUGGAACGAAUUCUUAUCUGUGAUGGAACAGAAAGAAACAACCUCUCUUCGAGCUUAUACAAGCCUGCGCUUGAGCAAGCUCGGGAUGCCCCAGAAAGAUGAGAUUUUGGCGUCGCUGAAGAAUGCAGGACUUUCAGCUACUGAAGAUAAUGCUACGGCUGUGAUGCAUUAUCUCAAUACAAACUACGAAGAAUCUAAAUCCUACUCACACUUUCGAAGCUUUGUAAUGUUACUCCCUUCGAACAGCGUUCCAGGAAAUCCACGAGGAAACAGCUCCACAAGAGCCGAUGCUUCUGAUCCCCCUCGAGUGGAAAUACAAAGGGAUAGUGUUUUCAAAACAGCAUUGGCUGGAGGGAUUUCGUGCUCAUUCUCUACGCUUUUAAUGCAUCCCAUCGACACAGUUAAGACGCAAGUUCAAGCUUCGUCUGCACUAUCCUUCAUAGAGAUUAUGUCGAAGCUCCCUCAGCUUGGACUCCGCGGAUUAUACUUGGGAUCCAUCCCAGCUAUAGUAGGCCAAUUUUUGAGUCAUGGCUUGCGAACUGGAAUCUGCGAAGUGACCAAGAUCGCCUUGAUAAACGUCGCACCUUCACUUCCAGAAUUACAGGUGGAAUCUGCGGGGUCGUUCUUGGGGACUUUUCUGGGGACAACGAUGCGAAUUCCGUGUGAGGUUCUGAAGCAAAGGUUACAGGCGGGCCAGUUCAACCACGUCGGGGAAGCUCUGGUCGGAACCUGGCAGCAGGACGGUCUAGGCGGCUUUUUUCGCGGCACUGGCAUGACUCUCUGUCGAGAGCUACCGUUCUACGUUGCUGGAUCCGGCCUCUAUGCCGAAUCCAAGAAGGCGGUCCAGAAGCUUCUGGGACGGGAGCUGGGGCCUUGGGAGACCGUCGUGGUCGGAGCCGUAUCAGGCGGACUAACUGCCGUCAUGACAACUCCGUUCGACGUGAUCAAGACGAGGAUGAUGACAGCCCUCCAAGGAGAGCUGACGACGAUCUCUGUUGUCGCGCUCUCCAUUUUGCGCAAUGAAGGCCCCCUUGGGUUGUUCCGAGGGGCCGUUCCGCGCUUCUUCUGGGUGGCUCCGCUCGGGGCCAUCAACUUCGCCGGCUACGAGCUCAUGAGAAAGGCCAUGGGCUAAAUAAACGCCCUUCUCUACACAUAUUCUUUAUAUGUUUUUGAGAUUUGGUUGAUGAUUAACACUAGAUAUGAAUCAAAUGAUAAUUACUCUCUCCGUUCCAUGAAAAUUGCUCCAUUUUUCCA